CACGGAGGUCGCAAAUCUCAGAAUGCCCAUAAAGAAACUCUUGCUGGUCCCGAGAAGAAGAGGGUUGAUGUUCUCCGGCUCGUCAAGCAUUGCUGGACGAAGCACGACGAGGAAUCUGAAGCCGAUCUGCCACCCCGCCUCGCUGACUUCGAAACGAAGUACAACGAAUCCGUUGACAGGCAGCGUGCGGCACGAGGCUUGACCCAGGAGGACGACCUCGAUUCCGAUGCGGAUGAUGAGGCGGCCAUUGAGGCGGCCGGGGUUUACAAGGGCCGGGUUCCAUGCUUGGGGGCCGAGGGGCAACGGAUUUUGUAUGAUCGAAGCACCGGCGCUUCCUCUUCUCGGUCAAGGCGGGGAGAAGAUCCCCGUAUUGCUACAAUGCAGCGUGAACUAGAGGAGCACGAACGACGAUGGGAGGAGCAGCGGAAAGCAGAUGCUGCCACAAAAGCCCGGUUGGAGGAGAUGGAACGGUACAUGCGUGCCGGAUUCCAGCCUCCGCAACAGCCUUUUCCUCCCCCGUACGUAUUCCACCCUGAGCAAACUCCUCAAGUUCCGCACAUGGGCGGUAUGGGAUUUUUCCCCAACUCCGGAUAUGGUGGCAUGCCUAUGAUCUCCCCGAAUUUCGGUUCUAUGUCCUUUGAUUUUGCGAGGUCAUCCGGAGGAGGUAGUGGCACACCGAGCCACGGAGGCCGAGGAGCACCCCGAGGAGCACCCCGAGGAGGACCCCGAGGAGCACCCCGAGGAGGAACCCGACCUGACCCUGAAGACCCCCCCGUGAACCCAGAUGAGUUUCUUGUUGAUGAUGAAGAUGAAGAAGAAGAAGAAAAUCCAGAUUUUUUUCAUAAUGGAGUCCCACGAAGGGACAUGUAAUCAUCAUACAUUUGUACUUUGUUGUUUGUCAAAACAUUUAAAAGUUUG